GCUGCUGCUUACUGCAUCAGUUGAAUGCCGGCUUUACAACAGUAAACAUGCUUACUACGAGUGAUUCAGUAAAAUUUCUUUUCUUUGUUGUUUUGUGCUUGGCGAUUUGUGAUAACACCUUGGGAGCGCAAAGGAAAUGCGCCGAAUACAAUGAAUAUUGUCAAGAGCAUUGGGAAUGCUGUUCGAAUACUUGUUUAACCUAUUCGUAUCGUUGCAUCGGCAAGCGGCGCCCCGGUCCACUUUACGAGCGUCCCAGCAUGACAUUCGAGGAAUUGCUAGAAAGCAUAGCUGAGGUCAACAUGGUGCAUGAGAACGCGCUCACGCAACCGCAAAGCGGCAGUGGCAUUGUAGGAAAAUCUAAGCUAACACUGAAAAAUUUGCUCAACGCCAGGCGUGAGUGGGGCGUUGAAACGGCGGAGCCAGUUUUGCAAGAACGUUUCGCAGCGGUUCAAACGCGUAGCGGCGAUGCUGCCACUUCAAAUGGGCCAGACUUUAUAUUCUUUGUUUUGCAACCGCAAGAUGCGCCGCGAAACCCGAAGCCGAAGCAGUUGGAACAGCAAACAGAAACGGGCCAAGACGCACCAAAAGUGUCUCCAACAACUAAGGCUGCGCCAAAAGAAUCUGUAUCAACUGAGGCUACGCCAAAUGUGAAAGCAGUAGAUGAGAAAGCUGCUACAGCUGAUGGUGAGCCGAUAAAAACAGCAACGAGUCAGUGCAAAGCAAUUGGCGAGAAGUGUUAUCGCCACGAAGAGUGCUGCACCCAACGCUGUCAUGGCUUCUUACACCAGUGCGUUACAUAGGGCCCCCUUGAAGCGCGGCCAAUUAUCAUAUGCACAUUUUUAUUUAUUUUAAGAAACGGUUACCCUUUUAUGGCGUCGUAAAAGUUUUUAGUAUGAAUAUGCAAAAUAUCAAUUAACUAUUAUUACUGUUGAACAACUGAGUGACAGCAGCACAAUUUACAAAUUUUGGGUUUUUCUCAUUUGCACUCUCGCCACUCUCGUAAAUAUUACUUGGCAGAGACACGACGAUCCAAUUAAACAAUUAUUUUUAUACUCUCGCAACAUGUAACGGUUGUAAUAUUUAGAAUAAAUUGAGAUACAUACA